AUGCUGUGGGAAGUUCAGGCGUGCGAUCACGGUGCAUCAUCCCUGGUCAAGCUGUCUCAGUUAACAUUAUUUUCGAAAAAGACAGUGCUUAGACCUGCAAUCGAGCAAGGAGCAAUUCAAGCAAGCAUUCAGUCAUUCGCGCUCUGGUCUGAAAAG